AUGCUCUCUCGGGCCAAGCCGGCCGUGGGGGGUACCCCGCCAACGGGAGACAGGCGGAGGAAGAAAGGGAAGAAGGUGCCGCAGCUGGAAGAGCUCCUGGCCCUGAGGGACUUCACCGGCGCGAUCGCCUUGCUAGAGUUUAAACGGCACGUGGGUGAGCAGGAGGAGGAUGCUGACCUUUGGAUCGGAUACUCAGCCUUUCAUUUGGGUGACUACAAGAGAGCACUGGAGGAAUAUGAGGCCUUAACCAAACAACCAGCUUGCAAUCCAGAUGUUUGGGUGAACCUUGCCUGUACGUACUUCUUUCUGGGGAUGUAUAUGCAAGCUGAACAAGCAGCCUUGAAAGCACCUAAGAGUCGUCUCCAGAACCGUUUACUCUUUCACCUGGCACAUAAGUUCAGUGAUGAGAAGAAACUGAUGAGCUCUCACCAGAAUCUGCAAGACAUUACAGAAGAUCAGCUUAGCUUGGCAUCUAUCCAUUACAUGCGGUCCCACUACCAAGAAGCUAUUGAUAUCUACAAACGCAUUCUUCUUGAUAAUCGGGAAUACCUGGCUCUGAAUGUAUAUGUGGCCCUAUGCUAUUACAAACUGGAUUACUAUGAUGUAUCACAGGAAGUGCUAGCUGUUUAUCUUCAGCAAGUUCCUGACAGUACCAUUGCUCUCAACCUUAAGGCUUGUAACCACUUCCGACUUUACAAUGGGAAGGCUGCUGAGGCAGAGCUCAAGAACUUGACGGACAGUGCCUCAUCGUCUUUUGAGUUUGGCAAGGAGCUCAUUAGGCACAAUCUGGUGGUGUUCCGAGGAGGAGAAGGGGCUUUGCAGGUCCUGCCUCCUCUGGUUGAUGUUAUUCCUGAGGCAAGACUGAAUCUUGUGAUUUACUAUCUCCGGCAAGAUGAUGUGCAGGAGGCUUAUAACCUGAUUAAGGACCUGGAACCUACAGCUCCACAGGAGUACAUCCUCAAAGGAGUGGUAAAUGCAGCACUUGGACAAGAAAUGGGCUCGAAAGAUCAUCUGAAAAUUGCUCAGCAGUUCUUCCAGUUGGUGGGUGAAUCAGCCAGCGAAUGUGAUACCAUUCCAGGGAGACAGUGCAUGUCCUCCUGCUUCUUUCUUCUUAGACAGUUUGGUAAUGUCCUGAUUUACCUCAACUCAGUCAAGAGUUACUUCUACAACAAUGACACUUUUAACUUCAACUAUGCCCAAGCCAAAGCUGCCAUGGGCAAUUUUAGUGAGGCUGAAGAGGUGUUCCUUUUGAUCCAGAGUGAGAAGAUAAAGAAUGAUUUUGUUUACCUUAGCUGGCUAGCUCGCUGCUAUAUUAUGAAUAAGAAACCACAGUUGGCCUGGAAGCUCUAUCUGAAGAUGGAGACCUCAGGGGAGUCCUUUAACCUUUUACAGCUCAUUGCAAAUGAUUGCUACAAAAUGCGUCAAUUUUACUAUUCAGCCAAAGCAUUUGAUGUUCUGGAGAGACUGGACAGUAAUCCUGAAUACUGGGAAGGCAAGAGAGGUGCUUGUGUGGGUGUCUUUCAAAUGAUCUUAGCUGGCCGAGAAGCAAAAGAGACUCUACGGGAAGUGCUGCAUCUUCUGAAGAGCACUGGUAAUUCUCAAGUAGAAUACAUUGUCCGCAUCAUGAAAAAGUGGGCCAAGGAGAACAGAGUUCCUGUUUAAGUCAGUGCCACAAAAUGAACCGGGUCAGUUACUAUUGUGCGUGUGGC